AAGAAAGAGAAUAUCGAUAGAAGGAGAGAGAGGUUUAAGAGAGGAGGAUAGGGAAGCAAUUACAUAACGGAUAACGUGGCGAAAUGAAGGCCCUGCUUCUUCAUCCCACCAGCUUCACUCAUCCAUGGCGAUCCAUUUUCCCCAAUCAUUCUUCUCGCUUUCGCUUCUCCUCUGCGACAACCCACUAUCGUCCUUGGGACUCCAAUGCCGAAUCCUUCGGUUCCCAGAAGUUCAGACGCAGAAAUGAAGACGAAGAAGCCGCCCAGCAAGGCUUCGACCCCGGCAUUCGCUUCGGAACCAGCCGGAAGACACGCCGCCGUUGGUGGUCCGACGAGCCGGCGCCGGAGUUCGAUGAAGAAUCUUCUGGGAUCUUGGAUGAUGUAAUCGACAGUGUCUGGAUUUUCAAGGUAUUCAAAUCCUACGGCUGGGCUCUGCCACCCAUAAUCAUCUCACUGCUGUUAAACUCAGGACCAAAAGCUUUUCUAAUGGCGUUAGCUCUUCCACUAGGCCAGUCAAUCAUAUCUCUGGCACUAGAGAAGCUAUGGGGAGCACCAGAAAGGAGGCCAAAGCGCAGAACCAGAACCAAGACCAGGAAGAGACCAUUCUACAGCACAGAGAGGAGGAGGGUGAAGGAGGAGGAGGAGAAGGAAGAAGAAGAAGCACAAGGAAACGGGUUGGGUAAGGGAAAGAUGGGCUAUGGAUAUCAGUCAUGGGAAGUUGGUAACAAUGGUGGUGAAGUUCGAAAGGAGAGUAGAAGUGGAACCAAUUUUGGUGGAUGGGAGGAUCUUGAUGGAGUUGAAUCUGGGGUGAGAAGAAAAAAAAAGAGCAGUAGUUCAUCAUCAAUGGAGAGAGGUAAAUUGAGUUGGAGAGAAAAGAAAAGUGAUACUCCCCUGCUGUUGAGACUGUUAAUUGCUGUUUUCCCAUUUUUAGGUUCAUGGACUAGGAUGCUUUAGUAGAAUGAGCUUCUGGGCUUUUCUUCUAUACCUCACCAAUUUUUACUCACUACUUGGGUUACAUAAAACCUCGACAAGUUCCUCUUCUUGUUGGGUAUAGAAUAAAAAGUUCAAAACUAUUCUUAUGCAUAGUGUAACCCUUUUAAUCUAGUGCAGCAGGGUCUUUCUUGAGAACUAUCCUGGGUUUUCAAAUAAUCGACAAAAGACGCGUCUCGAACCAUUAAAGUAUAAUAUAAAUCAAACGUACUGUUCUUGUA